GCGAAUUUGCAGUUAAGAUGAUGAUCCCAUCUCGUUUGGAAACACUGAAGCACUGCCACAACAACCCUCGAAUUGACUUCAGACAAUUAUCUGCGCACAAUUGUAUCUACCACGAAAAUCUACCGCCCAUUACCUGUGCGCCUUUGAGCAGGUGGGUGGUGAUAGUCCCAAAUGCGCAGCAGGUGCGCGUGCUCCAAUGUGGCAACGGCUCGAGGGAAGAGAUCUCAACGACUUCUAGGUUUUUUGUUUUUUUCCUGAGAUGAGGAGUUACAUAAAAUGCGGAGCUUAUAACAGAUGAACGAAAUUACAAUUUCACACAGCAUUUUUUUGAAAACUAAUUAAUUUGUAUUACAAUAACUCGACGAAUAUGUUAAUAGAAUUUAAAGAAGGCUUCACUCCGCAGAUGGCGUGGCAGAAAAGAUGAAGCGAAGAAAUUGCUCGUGUCACGUAAGACCAGGAGAAACGCCCUCAAAACCCCGGAUCUCGUUCUUGGAGACAAAACGUGAUAUGGUCACAGCCCCGGUCUCAAAGUGGAGCCACGCGUGUCUCGGAUCGGCGCGCUCCUGCAGGGGCUAGGAUGCGCGCCGGGUACCUCCAGAUUUUUGCCCGGUUUCGGGUCUGACACCGAAUCGACUGCUUCGGGGCGCCGAGCCCGGAGAGCCCCCUCCACGCGGAGCAGGAUGCCCGUGAUGAGAGGUUUGCUGGCCCCGCAGAACACGUUCCUGGACACCAUAGCCACUCGAUUCGAUGGCACCCACAGUAACUUCGUGCUGGGGAACGCCCAGGUGCAGUCGCUCUACCCGAUCGUGUACUGCUCGGACGGCUUCUGCGAGCUGACGGGCUACGCCCGGGCCGAGCUCAUGCAGAAGAGCUGCGCGUGUCACUUCCUGUACGGCCCGGAGACCAGCGACCCGCACACGGCCCAGAUCCAGGGGGCGCUGGACGAGCGCAGGGAGUUCAAGACCGAGCUGGUCUUCUACAAGAAGGGAGGUACCCAGUUCUGGUGUCUGCUGGACAUUGUUCCCAUCAAGAAUGAAAAGGGGGAGGUGGUGCUCUUCCUGGUGUCCCACAAGGACAUCACCGACAACAAGAAGGACCAGGACGCCAACCAGGUGCCGGAGACAGAUGAGGAGACCGGGCUGGAGGUGCACCGGGUCACCCGCCCCCCCGGGUUCAACGCCAACCGCCGUCGCAGCCGGGCCGUCCUGUACCACCUGUCGGGACACCUGCAGAAGCAGGACAAGAGCAAGCUCAAGAUCAACAACAACAUGUUCGGGGAGAAGCCGCCCAUCCCGGAGUACAAAGUGGCGGCCAUCCAGAAGUCGCGCUUCAUCCUGCUGCACUACGGCACCUUCAAGGCCGGCUGGGAUUGGCUGAUCCUGCUGGCCACCUUCUACGUGGCGGUGACCGUGCCCUACAACGUCUGCUUCACCGUGGGCGGGAGCCGGGACGAGGGCAGCACCGCCCCCCGCAGCCCCCCCAGCGUCAGCGACAUCCUGGUGGAGAUCCUCUUCAUGCUGGACAUCGUGCUGAACUUCCGCACGAGCUACGUGAGCACGUCGGGCCAGGUGGUGUACGACGCCCGCUCCAUCUGCGUCCACUACGCCACCACAUGGCUGUUCGUGGACCUGAUCGCCGCGCUGCCCUUUGACCUCCUGUACGCCUUCAACGUCAGCGUGUACUUUGGCGUGCACCUGCUGAAGACGGUGCGCUUGCUGGCGCUGCGCUGCUGCGAGUGCAUCGAACAGCGCGUUCCUGUGUGUCUGUUUCUCUCAGGUUGGCUGCACGAACUUGGCAAACGGCUGGGCACCCCCUACUUCCUGCCCCCUCUGACCUCGCUGCUCGGGGUCUCCGAUUCGCUGAGCCCCGUGGCCAUGGACGGGACGGCGGCCAACGGCAGCCAGUGGAACUCCUCGGGGGCCGAGCUGCAGGGGCGGGACUCCUGGAACGCCAGCCAGUGGAACGGGACGGGGGCGGGGCUGGGGGGCGCGGGCGGGGGCGGGGGCACGGCGGUCCCGGGGGCGGGGCAGUGGAACGGCUCGGGGGCGGAGCUCGGGGGCGGACCCUCGGUGCGGAGCUCCUACGUGACGUCGCUCUACUUCGCGCUCAGCAGCCUGACCAGCGUGGGCUUCGGCAACGUCUCCGCCAACACCGACUCCGAGAAGAUCUUCUCCAUCUGCACCAUGCUCAUCGGAGCCCUGAUGCACGCCGUGGUGUUUGGGAACGUGACGGCCAUCAUCCAGCGCAUGUACUCGCGCCGCUCGCUGUACCACACCCGCACCAAGGACCUGAAGGACUUCAUCCGCGUGCACCGCCUGCCCAAGGCCCUGGAGCAGCGCGUGAUGGAGUGCUUCCAGACCACCUGGUCCGUCAACAACGGCAUCGACGUCAGCGAGCUGCUGAAGGACUUCCCGGACGAGCUGCGGGCGGACAUCGCCAUGCACCUGAACAAGGAGCUGCUGCAGCUGCCGCUGUUCGAGUCGGCCAGCAGGGGGUGCCUGCGCUCCCUGUCGCUCAUCAUCAAGACGUCGUUCUGCGCGCCCGGCGAGUUCCUCAUCCGCCAGGGAGACGCCCUGCAGGCCAUCUACUUCGUCUGCUCCGGCUCCAUGGAGGUGCUGAAGGACAACACCGUGCUGGCCAUCCUGGGUAAGGGAGACCUGAUCGGCUCGGACUCCCUGACCAAGGAGCAGGUGAUAAAGACCAACGCCAACGUGAAGGCGCUGACCUACUGCGACCUCCAGUACAUCAGCCUGAAGGGCCUGCGGGAGGUCCUGCGCCUGUACCCCGAGUACGCCCAAAACCCCCUCUCACGCGUUCUGUUACCCUACCCUUUAUCCCUCCAUCUUCCUUUUUUACUCAUCUCACAUCCUUCCCUUUCUUCCCUCCCGCCGUUUUCUCCCCUCCCUGUUUUCACAUUCAUGCCUCUCUUUCUCUCCUUCCCUCCCUCGUUCUCUCCAUCUCUCUUCAUCGCCUUUCCUUCUCCUCAGACGGACUGGGAGAGCAACGGCGGCCUGGUGAAGAAGCUGCCGUCCAUUAAAGAGGACGAGGAGGGCGACGAGGAGGAGCGCUCCACCCUGUCCCGGGCCCCCCGGUCCCCUAUGAGGCUCACCCGGGGCCUGAACUCGCCCCUGCGCUCCCCCCUGAUGCCCCCCCGCCCCUUCCGCUCCCCCACGGAGCCGCUCCGCCCCGCCACCCUGCAGAUCCCCCUCGUCAGCUUCAGCGGUGCCCCCCCAGAGCUCAGCCCCAGGUUUGUUGAUGGGAUUGAGACGGAGAGCCAUGUGCACUCAGCACAGAAGUUUGAGUUCAACACCGGCCUGACCCAGAGCACCCCCCCAUCACCCGCCAGAGGGAACCUUGACCAAUCAGAGACCAGGCAGAGCAUCACCAGGCUGAGUCAGGAGAUGAGCAGUCUGUCCCAGCAGGUGUCCCAGCUCAGCAGGGAGCUGCAGGAAAUGACACGCCUCCUCAGGCCCCUCCUCCUCGGCAACCAGCCAAUCCUCUCAACCAUGACGCCCACGCUGACUCCGCCCCCCAGCAGCGCCAGCGAGCCGUGCAUCAGCGGCCCCCCGGCGGCCCCCCAGCCCCCGCCCGCGCCCCCCUCCUCCCCGCUGCCACCGUCCUGCUCGCUGUUGGACAGUGCAGACACGGGGGGCGGGGGUCUGCUCAGCUGCCUGGUCCCCUCCCCCCCGCCCCACGUCGCUCUGCUACCGCCAAACCCGCCCCCGCCCCGCUCGGGCCGGUCCACGCCCUCCCCGAGCGAGGCGGUCACACCCGGGGGGACGUCGCCCCCCUCUGCCCCGAAAAACGGACUUCCCCGCCCUCCCCAGGACGAGCGGGACACCCUCGCCUCCAGAACCCCCUCCCACUCCCUCUCCUUCUCCCUCUCCCUCUCCUCCGCCUCGUCCUCCUCCUCCCUCUCCCCCUGCCAGGGCCCCCACCUCUCCCGGCUGGGCAGACACAGCAGGGGGCUCCUGCCCCCGCCCCCUUCUCAGGACACGCCCCCUCCUCCACCUCUGCUGUCCCACUGCUCCGCCCCCCCGUCGCUCAGCAGUUCCCCCGGAGACCACCGGCUGGGGGUCAGCCUGUCCUGCUCCUCGCCCACGCCCCCAUCCCGCCCCCUCCCUUGGCUCCGCCCCAUGGGCCGCCACCGUCCCCCCGCUCCCCUCGUCCCCCCGCUCCCCCGGCUCUCUGGACUCCCUGAAGGACACGACGGCCAGCUUUGGCCCCCCCACCUGGCCCCCCAGCCCCGACGCCCCCCACCUGGAGCUGGAGAUGGACGAGUGGGGCGAGCGGUCGGAGCACAUCAGCUUCAUCGAUGAGGAAGACCCCCCGCUGUGAGGGGGGCGGAGACGAGCCGCGCAGACGCCGCCGCCGCGGGGGUGGGAGGAGGAAGAGGAGGAGGAGGAGGAGUCCGCUGAACGAGAGAGGAAACGUGACCUUGCCCCCCCCCCAUGGCCAUCGCUCCUGAGUGCUGGGAGGGGCGUCGUCGUUUCACCUGCACCGCCAGUCACCGUCCCCGCAAAACAGAGGCUGGUGGCUCCGCCCACCCCUGUGACAUCACCAGGGGAGACCCUUCACAGACUCUUCACCCUGGCCACCUCCAUCUCCUGAUACCACCUGCCACCUGGGCUCGGUCACCUGCGCAGGGAGAACACCUGAGCACAGGAGUUUACGACACAGCGAGCCGCCUGUGGGCUGGCCUACUCUCUACUCUCUCUCAGCGUGUGAGGGGGGAACCUGGAGCGCUAAACAAGCUAACGAUGUAUUCAUAGGACCUCUUUUAAGUAUAUUAAGCAUCAUCCAGUGACAUCAUUUCAGAGGGAUGCAGCUGGCGGGGGACUGGAACAUUCCGUGCGGACUAGCGUUCAACUGCGCUCAGCCAAUCGGACGACCGAGAAAGCCUGACCAACCCGUCGGCCGAAGGCCGACUCCCAUCUGUUCUGAGUUUGACAUAUCAUGUUUUAACCCAAAGAAGUUCCUUAUUUGCUUGCUGUAGUGGCCAUCUCCACUAUUUAGUGAAUGCUUUUUCUAGUUGGGGGGCCCAUAGAUAGACCACCAGCCACCCUGUAAUGCUAAGAAACCGCCCCCCCGCCCCCCCACCCCCACCCCCUUACCCAUGGCUUAUUCUGACAUUGAUGCCUUUUUGGAAGCUACGGCAUCGAUCGCCAGGUUAGAACCUUAACGCUGGUCCCCUUACGAGAAACAAUUUUAUUACACUCUACUGUUUUGGAAAAAAAAAAAGAUCUGAUCCAGGGUGACUCACACACAGUACUGUAUGGUUUAGUAUUUCCGUUCUGAGCACACAGGUCUCUUGGUAUUCUCUAUCGUAUACGCUUUGGUACUAUUUAUUGCUAACAGAGGCGCUAGGCUUCGCUAGGCUUCUGAGCCCAACACCGGAUCGUUUGGACGAGGAACGCAGAAUUUUCCCUUAUUCCUGUUGUUGAGGAGAUUCAUCCCGUUUUAGAAACUAGAGGUGGGGAACGUUACUCUACGGCAUUACUAUCUCUCUCUCCUUCUCCUUCUCCUUCUCUCUCACUCCCUCCCUCCGUCUCUCUCUCUCUCUCAUACCUCUUCUUCACACCCAACAGUGUGACAAGUCACAAAUGACUCCGUUCUGAUCAUUAGUGAGUUAGACCAGGCGGCCAUGUUCCCCUCCCUCUGUUGGAGAUGCUCACUCUGAGGCUGUGACUGCAGCUCACUCUCUCUCUCUCUCUCUCUGCUCUCUCUCUUUCUCUCCCUCUCUCUC